UAUGUGAAAAAAGUUAACUUCUUAAUUGAGGCUAUUUUUGAGAAGCGAAACCAUUUUUGCAAUUGCUUUUAAGAUGACCAUGAUAGAUGUGAAUAUGUAGAUCGUAGAGCAAUCACAAUCAACAACUUGUAAGCAAACCUUGAUAACAAUCUUGAACGUUUCAACAAGAGAGCGUCCACCGGCACCAGAUGGACAGAGAAAUGUAUGGACGCAGAUAUAUAUAGUCUCCUGCGGAGUAUUUCUGCGUGUUACAUAACGAAAGAAUGUAUCUAGUAUAGCCAUCUAUAGCAUACGUCCAUCGAUGUUGAUGAAGUAUAUAAAAAUAUAACACUAACGCUUGCGUUGAUUUGUUUCGACCAAAUAUAUUAAUAAUGCACACAAGAAGAUCUGCUGUCAAAAUCCAUCGAACACUCUUACUCGAAGCUUGUGGUGGUGGUGCUGCUCCAUCCUAUUCCAAUUGUCAGCUUCAAAGUAGUGAUGUUGAUGUCAAUAACAAAGAACGGCCGGAAAGACGAACAAAGGUCGAACACAAUGAGUUGCAACACUUAUUGGACGAAAGCCAGGCUCAAGCUCUCAAAGGACUUUCAAACAUCUUAACAAUUGAUAACUCAACGGUUUAUUGGCGUUUACAUGCGACGGGAAAUAUCCAAAAGGAGGGAAUCGACGGAAAAUGUCAUCCCGAACCGUUUCAAAAUUGCGGUUUCAUUGCCUCAGAUACUGAAAGACAAUAUUAUGCAAAUGAAUUGUCUGUGGUUAUCGGCACUACGGAUCGUUUGAAUCGCACUAAAACUACCGAACGCUUAUUAGUUUCGAAUAUUAAAGUACAUGAGAAGUUCUCACCGGAUGCAAUUUAUUGGGAUAUUGCUUUGAUGAUAUUAUAUAGAAAAAUAAAAUUGAACGGGUGGUCAGCAGCAAUAAUACCACUAGCAAUUAUACCAGCUGACAUUAACACAGUUUGCACCGUCUUAGGCUGGGGACGUUUCUAUGAGAAUGGACCCAAGGCGGAUCAUAUUGCUUAUGUAGAUAUAGCGGUAUUGGAUAACAGCACUUGCAUGAGACUUAUGCCACAUUUGGGCGAAGAACAAUUUUGCGCUGCCGAUAUUGAUGAUUUAUCGAAGGAUGCUUGCGAAGGUGACGUCGGUGGGCCUUUAAUAUGCGAUGGUAUCUUUCACUAUUCUGCUAUGUAA